AUGUUGCCUGCGUGGGAAAAGGAGACGGAUAACAGGCCGAGGAGGAAAGGAAAGGAAGACAGAGGAGAGCUGACAGGACGAAAGAUUGCGAAGCGAGCGGGUCUAUGCGCGGCGGCGGCGGCGGCGACGGGAUUUGCAGUCCGGGCAACUCUUGGCGCUGAGGUUUCAUGCUACCACGUACUGCUCGGUCUGAACACCCUGGUCUCCAAUGGUUCUUUACGGUGUGGUGUGGGUAGCGCGCUGGUCUCAGGACUACGUUACCAGAUUAACUUGAUUACUUUGAUGGGAAGAUUGGAGGGAGUGCGGGCAAGAUGCCGAGCGGAUGUUCACAACGCCCCCACCUUCCGUGCGCAAUGGCUUCGAUUGAGCCGCGCAUCCACCACCUUCAUUUGUUUCCUGAUUCAGAUGGGAGUGAUUUGGACGCGCGCAAUGGCUUCCAUUCAGCCGGGCAUGUCCACAACGCUAUAUCUUCUCUUUGCUCCUGAUUCACAUGGGAGUGAAUUCGGCGCGCGCAAUGGCCUCCAUUCAGCGGCGCAUGCUGGAGGCGUCUAUGGCCCACGCGACAAUCUUUUCGCAAUCAAGGAUGUUUGUGGGGGCUCAGAGCUGUCGCGGACGAGGCGGCCGUCACGACAUGAAGCCGCAUUCGAGGGCAACGGGCAUGUGGGUGUCGGGUGUGGGGGUAGCAAUUGGAUUCGCGUUUCGGUGUCUUUGAGAUGUUCAGUGCGAGACGUGCGGAUAGAGGGUGUAGCAACAGGAGAGAAGUGGCUUCUCUGGCUGGAGAGCAAGAAGCAAUUGCUGUAUCAGAUGAAGUCGCACUAG